AUGGGUCAAGUUACCAUACGCACCUAUGAUAUCGAUGAUUGUGUGGGAACACUGUGUUUGAACGGAGGCACUUGCAUGGAUGAUGUCAACGGAUUCUCUUGUAAAUGUGCGCCCGGAUAUACAGGAAGAACCUGCAUCAUAGAUAUCGAUGAUUGUGUGGGAACACUGUGUUUGAACGGAGGUACUUGCAUGGAUGAUGUCAACGGAUUCUCUUGUAAAUGUGCGCCCGGAUAUACAGGAAGAACCUGCAACAUAGAUAUCGAUGAUUGUGUGGGAACACUGUGUUUGAACGGAGGUACUUGCAUGGAUGAUGUCAAUGGAUUCUCUUGUAAAUGUGCGCCCGGAUAUACAGGAAGAACCUGCAUCAUAGAGGUCAAAUGUGGCUCACCUGAAACUGGUACGAACACGGAGUCUGUUUCAAUCACUGAAGGAUACCCUGGGGAACCAUACAAUUACACCUGCAGUCAUGGCUUCAAAGUAGACCCUAAUAACCUGACGGUAGUUUGUCAACUGAACACCAAGGGAACUAUUGCUAGCUGGUCUCUAAUACCACCUACUUGUUCAGAGGUCAAAUGUGGCUCACCUGGAAAUGGUACGAACACGGAGUCUGUUUCAAUCACUGAAGGAUACCCUGGGAAACCAUACAAUUACACCUGCAGUCAUGGCUUCAUAGUGGACCCUAAUAACCUGACUAUAGUUUGUCAACUGAACAACAAGGGAACUAUUGCUAGCUGGUCUCUAAUACCACCUACUUGUUCAGAGGUCAAAUGCGGCUUGCCUGGAAAUGGUACAAACACAAAGUCUGUUUCAAUCACUGAAGGAAAGCCUGGGGAAGCAUACAAUUACACCUGCAGUCAUGGCUUCACAGUAGACCCUAAUAACCUGACGGUAGUUUGUCAACUGAACACCAAGGGAACUAUUGCUAGCUGGUCUCUAAUACCACCUACUUGCUCAGAACCGACUGCAAAGAUCUUUGUGACCGAUGAAGGCAGCCAGAACAAGAUUUUUGUUGCAGAUCUACAAGAUGACUUAAACUUUACUGACAUUCCAUCCACUAAAGAACCACGUUAUAUUACCUAUGACUCCGUGGAAAAGAAGAUCCACUGGACUGACAAGGAAACAAAACGAGUCUAUCGUGCUGAUGUGGAUGGUGGAAACAGGGAGAAUGUCACUUUUGAAAGCAGUGAUGAACUAAGAGGAAUUGCUAUUGCCGAGACAUCUCGCACUCUCUACAUCGCAAAUAAAAGUCCGAGGAAAAUAACAUCAGUAUCGAUUGCAAAAGGGACCUCGUUUCCUAGGUCCGAGAAGGACUUUGUAACCGGGAUAACUGAAGAUCUGUAUUCCUUAGAAGUGGAUGAAGAGGAAGGAUUCCUGUAUUGGUCAAUGCAGACCAAAAUACGGCGCAAACCAUUCAACGGAUCUGGACAGACGGAGACUAUAUACUCUAACAAAUGGCUAGCCAAAAUCACCGGAUUGAGCAUUGAUCUCAGCCGAGAUCCACCACUCAUAUUCGCAUGUGACUAUGAGAAAACACGAACUUUCUACAAGGCCGCAAAUACCAAAAAUACCGAAAAUGAGCUCGCAUACCUCAUGGAUGACCCUGACAUCAGCGGCAGUGAAGAAGAGCAAGAACUAUUGCGAGAUAUCAGCUACUUCAAUGGCUCCCUCUACUGGACGAAGGACGGUAGUCACAAAGGCAUCGCUGUAUUGACUAAUUACGAUUCGGUCAGCGUAUCGUUCCAAGUGAAAGAAGCCGAUGUGAUUAGCAAACCCUUUCAAUUGCUCAUCAUUGAUGUAAAUUUGAUGUAAAUCCAGGGACGGAUCCACG